UUUCUCCAUACUUUUAAAAGAUCUGUAGCAAAAAUGGCUGCUGAAGUUGUGGACGAUCAGGAAAUGAGGGAGGCUCAGAGGGAUUACUUGGAUUUUCUUGACGACGACCAAGACCAGGGCAUCUACCAGAGCAAAGUACGGCAGAUGAUCAGCGAAAACAAAUCCAGGCUCAUUGUAAACCUCAACGACCUGCGACGACGAAAUGAAAAGCGAGCAGCAAAGCUGUUGAAUAACGCUUUUGAAGAGCUCCUGGCAUUCCAGCGAGCCCUGAAAGAUCUGGUGGCUUCAAUAGAUGCCACUUACGCCAAGCAAUGUGAGGAGUUCUUCAUUGGUUUGGAGGGCAGCUUUGGCAGCAAACAUGUCUCCCCUCGAACCCUGACCUCUCGCCUGCUGGGCAGCAUGGUGUGUUUGGAGGGCAUCGUCACUAAAUGCUCUUUGGUGCGUCCCAAAGUAGUACGCAGUGUGCACUACUGUCCAGCCACUAAAAAGACCAUGGAGCGCAAAUACACCGAUUUGACUUCUCUGGAUGCCUUCCCUUCAAGUGCCAUUUACCCCACCAAGGAUGAAGAGAACAAUCCAUUGGAGACAGAGUUUGGUCUGUCUGUCUAUAAGGACCACCAAACCAUCACUAUACAGGAGAUGCCGGAGAAGGCCCCUGCUGGUCAGCUGCCCCGCUCUGUGGACAUCAUCCUGGACAAUGACCUGGUGGACGCCGUGAAGCCUGGAGACCGAACACAGGUGAUCGGCACCUACCGCUGCCUGCCGGGCAAGAAGGGUGGCUUCACCUCGGGCACCUUCAGGACCAUCAUGAUUGCCUGCCAUGUCAAACAGAUGAGCAAAGAAAUUUCCCACUACUUCUCUGCGGAUGAUGUGGCCAAAAUCAAGAGCUUCUGCAGGUCUCGCUCUAAGAAUGUGUUUGAUCAGUUGGCUCGCUCUCUGGCCCCCAGUAUUCACGGUCAUGAGUACAUAAAGAAGGCCAUCCUGUGCAUGCUUCUAGGAGGAGUGGAGAAGGUGCUGGAGAACGGUUCGCGUAUUCGAGGAGACAUUAACGUGCUUCUCAUAGGUGACCCAUCAGUGGCCAAGUCUCAGUUGCUCCGGUACGUUCUUCACACUGCUCCUCGGGCCAUUCCCACAACAGGCCGUGGUUCAUCAGGUGUGGGUCUGACCGCAGCCGUCACCACUGACCAGGAGACAGGCGAGCGGCGUCUGGAAGCUGGGGCCAUGGUUUUGGGGGAUCGAGGCGUUGUCUGCAUUGACGAGUUCGACAAAAUGUCAGAUAUGGAUCGCACUGCUAUACAUGAAGUCAUGGAGCAGGGCCGAGUCACCAUCGCUAAAGCUGGCAUCCACGCUAGACUUAAUGCCCGCUGCAGCGUCCUGGCAGCUGCCAACCCCGUCUACGGCAGAUAUGAUCAGUAUAAGACACCCAUGGAGAACAUCGGUCUGCAGGACUCUCUGCUGUCUCGUUUUGAUCUGCUCUUCAUCAUGCUGGAUCAGAUGGACCCUGAGCAGGACCGCGAGAUCUCGGACCACGUGCUGCGUAUGCACCGCUACAGAGAUCCACAUGAGCAGGACGGGACAGCUCUUGCUCUUGGUGGUACAAUCGAUGCUUUGGCCACGGAAGACCCUGAUGCUACGCAGGAGGAGGAAGAGGAGCUCCAGGUUUACGAGAAACACAAUCCACUCCUCCACGGCAGCAAAAAAAACAAGGAUCGAGUAGUGAGCAAAGCCUUCAUGAGGAAGUACAUCCAUGUCGCCAAAGCCAUUUCUCCAGUUUUGACCCAAGAUGCAGCCAAUCACAUCGCAGAGGAAUAUUCACGACUGCGCAACCAGGAGCAGCUGGGCUCCGACAUCGCACGGACGUCACCGGUCACUGCCCGAACCCUGGAGACUUUGAUCCGUCUGUCCACGGCUCACGCUAAAGCCCGCAUGAGUAAAGCUGUGGAGCUGGUGGACACUGAAGUCGCCGUGGAGCUCGUGCAGUUCGCUUAUUUCAAGAAGGUUUUGGAGAAGGAACGUAAACGCUCUAGAAAUGGACAGCAGGAUGCUGCUUCAGAAGACGAGGAAGAAGAGGAAGAUGAAGCUCAAGACACACCACGACCACCCAGAAAAAGGCGCAGGGGAUCUCAGGGAAGCGAGUCUUAUGACCCCUAUGACUUCAACACUGAGACUGAUAUUCCACAGAUUCAGUCUCCGGCUCCUGCGUUGCAGGCUGAUGAAGAGCCUGAUCAGAAUGGCCACACAGAGUUGUCUGAGGACAGGUUUAAGGAGUUUAAAGCGGCUCUGCAUAAGGUUUUCCGCUCUUCUCACGCUCAGUCGGUGGGUUUGAUUGCUCUGAUGGAGAGCAUCAACAAGUCUUGCCCAUCAGCGUUUAAUGAAACAGACUUCCGGGCUGCUCUCGCGCGCAUGCAGGACGACAACCAGGUCAUGCUGGCUGAUGACAUCAUCUUCCUGAUUUAAACAUCUUUUCUGGACAAUAUCAGUGAUCCUCCUGUUCUUGCAUUCAUCUGUUUCAGAAGAUCUGCAAUAUGUUUGCUUUGUUUAUUACCAUACUGUUGCAAGCAUUUCUAAAACUAACUCUCUUCAACAUUGACAGUAAAUUGUUUGCUGUCUAUUAUUUUUCGCAUGCUCAUCUAUGCGAAUAUUGGCAUUCAAUGAAAAAAUAACUAGGUUGUAUUUUUGCCAAGAAAUGAUAGUUUCUUUUUAUUUCUAAACAGGCAUGUUUCAUGUUUUUCAACAUACUCAAACCUGGCUUAUGUUCUACAGAAAUGAGCUUUCUGGUUGUAUUUCUUCCUUUAUUAAAUGGUUGUUUUUUGUUUUAUUAAUGGCUUGUAAAUACAGAUGUUUUUAAAUACAGAUGUUCCAAACUAAGAAAAAAUACAAAUUCAGAAAAAUGAUAAUGGUCAACAUUUGUUUUCUGUACUUAUUCCAAUAUUUCUUGUCUAGUCUGUUGCCUUUGUCAAUAAAAUUGUCAAAAAUGAA